GGCCAGACUUCUCCCUUCCCUUCAGUCUCUCGACGGACAAUUCCUCUGCGACUCACCAGAGAGAUUCUACAAUGGCUUCUGAAGCUACCAACGACCUGCCUGUGCGCCCUGCUGCGCAGGCUCAGGAAAACGCCAAAAACGCUGCCCCGCCUAAGAAGGCCCCCGCCGCCGAUGUCCUCCCAGACUGGCUGAUUGAGCGCAACAAGCUCUUCGAAGAGCUUUGGCAACAACAUCUGGCGGAGAUUCAGUCUCGCCCGCACCCCGAGAUUAGCGUCACCCUCGAUAUCGGCGACGGUAACCCCUCCUCUGUCCCCGCCAAGGCCUACGAGACCACCCCCGGCUCUUUUCUGCGCGAUGUUCCCAAGGAUGUGAGCGCCGACGUCGUUGUUGCAAAGGUCAAUGGAGAACUAUGGGACCUGAACCGUCCUUUGGAGGGUGACUGCACCAUCUCUUUCGUACCGUUCAGUCAGCACGAUGGCAGAAUGGUCUUUUUCCACAGUUCCGCACACGCUCUCGGCGAGGCCUGCGAGUGUGAAUACGGGUGUCUCCUAUCGCACGGCCCACCAGAGAAGCUAGGUUUCUUCUAUGAUCAGCGGAUGCCUGGAGAUCGUGUCGUGCUCCCCUCCGACUGGCCUGUACUUGAGAACAGGGCCUCGCGCAUUUUCAAGGAGAAGCAGAGCUUCGACCGAUUGGAAGUCUCCAAGGAGAACCUCAAGAAGAUGUUUGCGUACAGCAAGUACAAGCUGCACUAUAUUGACAAGCUUGUGACUGGGGAGAAGAGUACCGUGUAUCGCUGCGGUACUUUGGUUGAUCUGUGCCGGGGACCUCAUAUCCAGAACACUGGCAAGAUCAAGACCUUCAAAAUCAUGCAGAACUCUUCCGCAUACUUCCUCGGUGACCAGAACAAUGAUUCCCUUCAGCGUGUCCGUGGUGUCGCUUUCCCCGACAAAAACUCCAUGAAGGAGCACUUGAAGUUCCUCGAGGAGGCUGAGAAACGCAACCACUUGAAAAUCGGGAAGGCACAAGAGCUUUUCUUUUUCCACGAUGUCUCCCCCGGAAGUCCUUUCUUGCUUCCCCGUGGCACCCUGAUUUUUAAUGCCAUUCAGAAGCUGCUACGAUCUGAGUACCGCAAGCGCGGCUACCAAGAGGUUCAAACCCCGAACAUGUUCGACGUCAGCCUCUGGAAACAAUCCGGUCACUGGCAGCACUAUGCGGAUGAUAUGUUCAAAUUGAACGUUGAGAAGCACGAAUUCGCGUUAAAGCCAAUGAAUUGCCCUUCUCAUUUUAUUAUGUAUGGAUCGCGAGAUCGCAGUUACCGCGAUCUUCCAGCUAGGUACGCAGAUUUUGGUUGCUUACAUCGGAACGAGGCAUCUGGUGCUCUGAGCGGCCUGACCCGUGUGAGGAAGUUCCAACAGGACGAUAGCCAUAUCUUCUGCACAAACGAGCAGAUUGAGUCUGAAGUCGCUGGCCUGUUCGACUUUUUGGAAUCCAUCUAUGGGCUGUUCGGUUUCACCUUCAAGUUGAAGCUGUCUACUCGCCCUGAGAAGUACAUGGGUGACUUGGAGACCUGGAACCGCGCCGAGGACCAGCUCAAGAAGGCCCUGACCCAGUUCAAGGGUAACGACUGGGUCAUCGAUGAGGGCGAUGGAGCCUUCUACGGUCCAAAGAUUGACAUCACCAUUGCGGAUGCCCUUGGGCGUGAGUUCCAGUGCGCCACCAUUCAGCUGGAUUACCAGGCUCCCAUCAACUUCAAGCUUGAGUACGUGGAUAAGGAGAAGCCCAAGGGGGAGGAGGAGGACGGCGAGAAGAAGGGUGAGGCCCCCAACCAACCCGCACCUGGUCGGUCCCGUCCCGUGGUUAUCCACCGUGCUAUCAUUGGUAGCUUCGAGCGCUUCCUUGGCAUUAUCACGGAGCACUUUGCUGGAAAGUGGCCUUUCUGGCUCAGCCCUCGCCAGAUCAUGAUCAUUCCGGUCAUGCCCGCUCUGAAUGCCUAUUGCGAGGAGCUGCAGGAAAUUCUCCGUGCGGACAAGUUCAAUGUGGAGAUUGAUAUCUCUGGCAACACUCUCCCGAAGAAGAUCCGUACCGCCCAACUGGCUCAGAUCAAUUUCAUCUUCGUCGUGGGAGGGGCCGAAAGAGAUAGCCGUAGCGUGAACGUACGCAACAGAGACGACCCUGAGACACAGAAACUGGGUGUGAUGGUGCCGCUUGACGAGAUUCGGGCGAAGAUGACCGCGCUGCGUAAGGAGCGUCGGUUGGAGAACAAGCUGUAGGCGUGAUAUGCAUUAUUGAUUUAUGAAAAAGUGAGAAUACAAAGCAUUCGGGAAUUCGACUGAUUCAAACUUGACUAUUUGCGUAUUGACUUAGAUACUGUAUUGCUGAUCUUAAGAUUGGACGAGCC